AUGUGGUCGGUGGGCAUCUUCCGCGCGGCUCGCUGCCCGGGGCUCGGCGGGCGCCGCGCGCACUCGGCGCUGGCGCAGCUCCGCGGCGCGGCGGAGCGCGAGCUGGAAGCGAUCCGCGGGGCCGGCACCUGGAAGAGUGAGCGCGUCAUCACGUCCCGCCAGGGGCCGCACGUCCACGUGGACGGCAUCUCGGGAGAAAUCCUCAACUUCUGUGCCAAUAACUACCUGGGCCUGAGCAGCCACCCUGAGGUGAUCCAGGCGGGUCUGCAGGCUCUGAAGGAGUUUGGAGCUGGCCUAAGCUCCUCACGCUUCAUCUGUGGAACCCAGAGUAUCCACAGGAAUUUAGAAGCCAAGAUAGCACGCUUCCACCAGCGGGAGGAGGCCAUCCUCUAUUCCAGCUGUUUUGAUGCCAACGCCGGCCUCUUUGAGGCCCUGCUGACCCCCGAUGAUGCAGUCUUGUCAGAUGAGCUGAACCAUGCCUCCAUCAUCGAUGGCAUCCGCCUGUGCAAGGCCCACAAGUACCGUUACCGCCACCUGGACAUGGCCGACCUAGAAGCUAAGCUGCGGGAGGCCCAGAAGCACCGGCUGCGCCUGGUGGCCACCGACGGAGCCUUUUCCAUGGAUGGAGACAUCGCACCUUUGCCGGAGAUCUGCCGCCUCGCCUCUCGAUAUGGUGCCCUGGUCUUUGUGGAUGACUGCCAUGCCACUGGCUUUCUGGGGCCCACAGGACGGGGCACAGAUGAGCUGCUGGGCGUGAUGGACCAGGUCACCAUCAUCAACUCCACCCUGGGGAAGGCGCUAGGUGGAGCAUCAGGGGGCUACACCACAGGGCCUGGGCCCCUAGUGGCCUUGCUACGGCAGCGCUCUCGGCCAUACGUCUUCUCCAACAGUCUGCCCCCUGCUCUUGUUGGCUGUGCCUCCAAGGCCCUGGACCUGCUCAUGGACAGCAAUGCCAUUAUCCAGUCUAUGGCUGCCAAAACCCAUCGGUUCCGCAGUAAGAUGGAAGCUGCUGGCUUCACCAUCUCGGGAGCCAAUCAUCCCAUCUGCCCUGUGAUGCUCGGUGAUGCCCAGCUGGCCUCUCAGAUGGCGGAUGACAUGCUAAAAAGAGGCAUCUUUGUCAUCGCAUUCAGCUUCCCUGUGGUCCCCAAGGACAAGGCCCGGAUCCGGGUACAGAUCUCAGCAACACACAGUGAGGAGGACAUUGACCGCUGCGUGGAGGCUUUUGUGGAAGUGGGGCGGCUGCGUGGAGUACUGUCCUGAGCUCUGGGUAGGGAUCAGUGGAGCCAGGAUGCCCCUCCUGCCACAGCAACACAGAGGGCUCUGAUCAGCCCACACUGGAGGCUCCGACCCCUGACCCCAAAUCCUAUGGCCAGCGUCAGAAGAGGUCUGUGCUUAUGGCCAUGAGAAUGUAAAUCAACAGUGUGAUAAAACAAACAGUGUGGCA